AUGGCAUCUACAUCCUCGGGUUCCUCUGCAUUUAAUCCUUCACCUGCUGCAUCGACGGCCCCCUCAACUGCCUCCGAGUCGUUACCUACAUCCUCCGCGGUAGCGGAGAAACCACCAGAUGAUGGCUCAAAACUUAAGAUGUUCUUGGGCAUUCUGCGAAAGUUUAUUGGAGUGGCAGAUAUUGCUUCUGUUCGAUUUAGUUUGCCGGCCCAGUUAUUAGAACCAACGCCCAAUCUCGAGUAUUGGAAUUACCUCGAUCAACCGAAUACAUUUGUGGCAAUAGGAGACUCGGAUGAUCCAUUAGAUAGAAUGCUGGAAGUCUUGCGAUUUUGGUUCACGAAGGAUCUGAAAUAUGUGAAAGGAAAACCUUGCAAGCCAUACAAUUCUACUCUUGGGGAAUUUUUUAGGUGUAAUUGGGAAGUCGAAGAUUCACAACCAGCUAUAGAGACGGGUAAAUUAAGCACAACUAGUGCUUCGUCUUCGAAGAAGGCUACCCCUAUGUCAUCGACUAAUGCGUCGAAUGUCACAAUUCCCAAGCCGAAAUCGGGCAAAAAAGUUCGAGUAUCGUAUCUGACGGAACAAACUUCCCAUCAUCCACCCGUCUCCGCAUUUUAUGUCGAUUGUCCGGAAAAGGGUAUUUCGGCCCGGGGUUUCGAUCAAAUAUCGGCAAAGUUCACUGGAACGAGUAUUAAGGUUACGCCAGGGGAGCACAAUUUGGGUAUCUUCAUCAAUAUUGAGAGGAGAGAUAACGAACAAUACCAGCUCACACAUCCGGCCGCCCAUCUUGGGGGGCUUUUGCGUGGAACUUUAAGUGUUACCGUAGGAGACCAGUGCUACAUCAGUUGCGCUCAAACGAAGAUCAAGACAAUCUUACAUUAUGUUGAAGAGGGAUGGUUAGGAAAGACACAGAACAAAGUGGAGGGAGUAGUAUUCCGCUACGAUCCAGACAAUGAUAAUAAGACUAGGAUAAAAGAUGUUCCUGAUAAGGAUGUAUUAGCAAGAGUAUCUGGAAACUGGAAGGACAAGCUAUACUUCAGUUUGGGGCCGAAGGGCGACAACCAAACUCUCCUAAUAGAUCUCGCGCCUCUUCAAGUAGCACCAAAGAUUAUUCCCCCAACAGAAAAACAGCUACCAAACGAAUCUCUCAAGUUCUGGUCAGGCGUCACAGAAGCCAUUCACGGUCGACAAUUUGCCCGGGCAACAGCCCUCAAACAAGAAUUAGAAGAAAGGCAAAGAGAGAAAGCUAAACAACGACAAGAACAAGGCGUUGAUUGGCAACCGAGAUUCUUCACAGGUUCGGUUACACCUUUAGGUAAACCGGAUUUGACAGCCGAUGGAAAAGAGGUUCUACAAAUGUUACAGCAGGGAGAAUGGGAUUUGAAGGAGAAUGAAGUCACAGGUGCUUAG